AUGUUCCUCUUCAUCGGUGCGGUCUUCGCCGCAGUUGUACCCUUCGGCGCCUCAUCGGCUGUCUCCUUCUCCGUCGUUCCCACUUUUGCUCCGCGUUCUGAAGCUCUCUGUGCGUCCCGCGGUAACAGCACCGCUCCGAAGCCGUCUUCCAACUCUCUCUCGGGUUUUAUGGAGGACACCAAGUACGAACAGUUGGCAUCGACGGCCCCGAUCCCCACCAGCUACGCUCUUGCCAUGAGCAACGCAAACUGUGCCUUUUCGUCCACUAGGUACAUGCUGUACGUUCAAUUGGACUCUUACGACCCGGAGACUUGUGCAGAACUCUGCAACAAACAUGAGGGCUGUGACUCUUUCAACAUCUAUAUCCAGCGCGACCCGUCACAAAUCCCCGGACCCGCUUGCCCCAAUCCAACUCCUAUCGCGGUCACCAAAUGUGCCCUUUACUCUGAGCCUGAAAAGGCUUCCUCCUGCACAAACUUUGGUCAGCACAUUGGCCCGGUCGAUGGCGAUGGCGAGGCCUUCAAGAUUGCUAUCCGUGGCUCCAACGCAUACAACAAGGUCUCCGUAAAGCAGGUCAUUGCGACUGUCACCAUGACUGUUACCAAGACUGUUCAUCACCAUGGCCGAAGGGCGAAGACUGUCCUCGUAGAGCCUACUUCUGCCGAUUAUGACGGCACUACUACUAUUAGGAUGCCCAAGGCCACUCCUGCAUAUGUUAGCCCGGAGAUCGUCGACGCACCCGCUGGUACCGUUACUUCGUACAAAGACUACAACAUCGGCACUACGACUAUCACUAGCAGCGAGCCAAGCCCUACAACUACGGUGACCGUCACCUUUACUUCAUACAACGACUACUACACCGGCACUACGACCGUCACCGCUUCAGGCACCGACACGGUUACUAUCCCUGAGAUCGUCGACGCGCCCGCCAGUACCGUUACCGUUACUUCAUACAACGACUACUACGUCGGUACUACGACCAUCACUAUCGGCGAGCCAAGCUCUACAACUAAGAUGACCGUCACCGCUUCAGGCAGCGACAUGGUUACUAUUUCUGGUCCCAUCGUAACCACGACCACCGUCUAUGCUAAGCGAAACAUCGCCGCCGCACAAGGUGGAAAAGACAAAAACGAUCGUUUUUCAUCCUGGACCAAGCUGUGGCUACCCGCGGACAUGGCCUCUGUCGCUCCCGGCCCUAAUGACCCGGUCACCGUCACUCCUGCUCCUGUCACAGUUACCAUCUUCGCCCCUGUCAUCCCUGUUAAUGUUACCCAGGCUUUUAACAAGAUCGCUGACCACGCCGCCAUCCCUCCAACUAUUGGCGUCCUCUCUAAGACCCGUACGGUCACUCUUCAUGAUUUGUAUCCGUAUACUGGGCCUACCGGUGUGCCUAUGAAGACGGUCACGCUUCGGGGUUAA